AACAAAGACAGUGGUUCAUAAGAUAAGGAUUCAAGGCCUCACCUUACAUUUCACUCUCCUCUCUUCUUCAAUACACUCUACCUCCAAACUUGAAGCUUUUUCUUUUCAACGUUAGGUGAAGAUCUGAUGAAUAACUUGUUUUAGCUGCCAACUACACCUUAAACCUUGCUGUUGCAGUUAACAUGACGCCUGUGAUCCCAUGUUCUAUAAGCAAUAUUUCACCCAUUCCUGUGAAUGCUUUUAUAAUAAAGAACAAAAACUGUUUAACAAGAUGCAAUUCAACCAGAAAAUCUGCAAAACAUACAAUAUCCUCCACAAGAUAUGUUUUACCUCUUUCUUCUUCUGUUAGAAUAUUUUCACAAUACCAAAGGGGGUGUGUUUUACAUGAUAAAUCUGGAAUCCGUAUAUUAUCAGCCACAGGAAUUGAUGUAGUGGUAGAGGAACCAGAUUCACCUGCUGCAGAUGAAGGUUCGGCCGGGGCCUCAGACAUUCCAUCUGAUGUGGUUGAAACAAGUGAAACUUCCUCUUCAAGAUCAGAUACAAGUCCCACUCCAGCUCAGUCAAAACAGUCAAGACCAGUUAGGAAAAGUGAGAUGCCUCCUCUAAAGGAUGAGGAAUUAAUUCCUGGUGCAACAUUUACUGGUAAAGUAAAAUCAAUCCAUCCAUUUGGUGCUUUUGUUGAUUUUGGAGCUUUCACAGAUGGCCUGGUGCACGUUUCAAGGUUGAGUGAUAACUUUGUUAAGGAUGUUGGAAGUUUUGUUUCUGUCGGCCAAGAGGUGAAGGUCAGAUUGAUUGAAGCAAAUAAUGAGACUGGACGUAUUUCUCUUACCAUGCGAGAAAGUGAUGAUAUUAGCAAGCUGCAGCAAGAGAAAGAUGCUCCCGCCAGUAGCGAGAAGGCAAGGCCUGCCAGACGGGGCACCUCAAAGCCCAAUCAAAAACGGGCUGAGGUGAAAACCACCAAGUUUGUCAAGGGACAGGACUUGGAGGGCACAGUGAAGAACUUAGUUAGGGCUGGUGCUUUUAUAUCUCUUCCUGAAGGGGAGGAAGGAUUUCUCCCUACAUCAGAGGUAUCUGAUGAUGGACUUGCAAGCAUGAUGGGCGGCUCGUCGCUGCAGGUAGGCCAAGAAGUCAGUGUGCGGGUAUUGCGUAUCUCAAGGGGACAAGUAACUUUGACAAUGAAGAAAGAAGAAGAUGCUAAAUCAGACUUACAGGUUGCUCAAGGGGUUGUCCACGUUGCAACAAACCCCUUUGUGUUGGCGUUCCGUCAAAACAAAGAUAUUGCUGCUUUUUUGGAUGAGAGGGAUAAAACAGAGAAAGUAGUUGAAAAAACAGUGGAACUGAAGACCCCAAAAGAAAUAGAAGGAAAGUUAAAUGAAACCGAAGUUGAAUCCAGUAUUUCUGAGGUGCAGGAGCAACCAGAGGUCAGUGCCCCUUCUGCAUUUGAUGAAGUAGUGGAAAAUGAUGAAGUUCCUUCAAAGGAGGAGAUUGUGGAGGCUGAUACAUUAUCUGGCUCAUCAGGAAGUGUGGAUGGUGCACCCCAAACCAUGGAGAAAGAACCGGAGGAGAGUAGCAAAAGUUUGGCUGCUGAAGGGAGUGUAUCUACUGAGAAUCAAACAAUCGAGGAGGCUACUUCAACCAACAUAUCUGAAGAAAUAGCUGAACAAGUCUUGUCUUCAAAAAGCUCAAAAGAUGAAGUUUUAGAGAGUAAAAGUGAUGAUGUCGUGGCAAAAGUUGAAAUGCCAAUACAAACACCUACGGCAGAGACCAAUAUUCCUACUGCUGCACCAGCUGAAGACGAAGAGGCAGGACCUACUCCUGACAAAAAUGGUGGUGUCUCCAGCUCUGUUGUACAACCCGAGGAAACCAAAGCUGGAGAAGUUGAUGAAAAUUCUGAUCCAUCUGGGGAAUCAGCUGUGAACCAGACCGUUUCUUCUGGAAGUCAGGUCAUUGAGGAAGUUGUGGAGAAUCAAGUUGAUGAUACCAAGGAUGAAGUGCAGAUACAAGCACCUGCUGCUGAGACUGAAGUUGUGACAACCUCAGCAGUUGAAGAUGAAAAGACAGGACCUGAUCCCGAGAAAAAUGACAAUGUAGGAAAUUCUAAUGGACAACCUGACGCUCCUUCGCCCAAGGAAAACGUGAUUACAGCAUCUAUAUCCACAGCUCUAGUAAAGCAGCUUCGUGAAGAAACAGGAGCAGGAAUGAUGGACUGCAAGAAAGCUCUUGCAGAGACUGGAGGAGACAUUGUCAAAGCUCAGGAAUUUCUUCGAAAGAAAGGUUUAGCAAGUGCAGAAAAGAAAGCCAGCAGAGCCACUGCUGAAGGAAGAAUAGGUUCUUAUAUUCAUGAUAGCAGGAUUGGCAUCCUGGUAGAGGUGAACUGUGAGACAGAUUUUGUCUCCCGAGGCGACAUUUUUAAGGAGUUGGUUGAUGAUCUUGCCAUGCAGGUGGCUGCAUGCCCUCAAGUACAGUAUCUUGUUACAGACGAUGUUCCUGAAGAGAUUGUGAACAAGGAGAAAGAAAUUGAAAUGCAGAAGGAAGAUCUCUUGUCGAAACCAGAGCAGAUCAGGUCAAAGAUUGUUGAAGGACGGAUCAGGAAGAGGCUUGAGGAACUGGCAUUGCUUGAACAGCCCUACAUAAAGAAUGAUAAAGUGGUGGUAAAGGACUGGGUGAAACAGACCAUUGCAACCAUUGGUGAAAAUAUUAAAGUGAGGAGGUUUGUGCGAUACAAUCUUGGGGAGGGCUUGGAGAAGAAAAGCCAGGAUUUUGCUGCUGAGGUGGCUGCUCAAACUGCAGCAAAGCCGGUGGUAAAAGAUCAGCCUGCUGCCGUGGAAACAAAGGAAACUGUUGAGAAGCCACCAGCAGCGACCAUCUCAGCCGCACUUGUUAAACAACUAAGGGAGGAAACAGGAGCAGGGAUGAUGGACUGCAAGAAAGCUCUCUCUGAAACUGGAGGAGAUCUUGAGAGGGCACAGGAGUACCUGAGAAAGAAAGGCCUUUCAGCUGCAGACAAGAAAUCAAGCCGACUUGCAGCAGAAGGCAGAAUUGGUUCCUACAUUCAUGACUCACGUAUUGGGGUACUAAUUGAAGUAAAUUGUGAGACUGACUUUGUGGGUAGAAGUGAAAAAUUCAAGGAGUUGGUUGAUGAUCUAGCAAUGCAAGUUGUGGCAUGCCCACAGGUGCAAUUUGUAUCCAUUGAAGACAUUUCGCAAGACAUUAUAAACAAGGAAAAAGAGAUUGAGAUGCAGAGAGAGGACCUUUUGUCAAAACCAGAGAACAUAAGGGAGAGAAUUGUUGAGGGGAGGAUCACAAAGAGGCUUGGAGAGCUUGCUCUCUUAGAGCAACCUUUUAUAAAGGAUGACAGUAUUUUGGUGAAAGACUUGGUGAAGCAAACUGUUGCUGCUCUUGGUGAGAACAUAAAAGUUCGAAGAUUUGUUCGGUUUACUCUUGGAGAGACAACUGAAGAUGCAAAAACAGAAACUGAAGCAUGAGAUGGGAGAAUGUCAGAAAUAGUGAGGGAGAUCUUCGCAAGUACAGGUGGGAGAAUUUUGAAUUGAGAGACUAAUCUGAUUCUUUUUGUUGUGAUUAAAGCAAAGUAGUUUUGUUUUUCAGUUUUGUUAUAUGAUCCACUACUUUUGAUUUUGAAGAAGAGGAACAUUUCAAAUCUAUUUUAUGCAAAAUGAAAAUAUGAAAACACAGUUCAUUCAA